AUGGCUGGAGUGCAAAACCAGCACGAUGGACCCGGAAAUGGGCGAAACUUUCCUAUCGGUGAUGAGCAAAACGCAGAUAACACUGCAAAUGCUGUCAACGCUGCUGCUGCCGCUGGAGUUUUCCAACAACCUUUUCCUAUUCCAGGACAGAGCUCUGGUCAAACAGAGCAUGUUCUAUGUCUCCCGUCCGAAAGUCCCAUGGACCACAUUGAGACUCUUGAAGAGAUUUGUAGCACAACACGAUCAAAUGGAGUUCCCGCUGAUUUUCUACGUUGCAAGCUGUUUGCAUUUUCUCUGGGAGAUAAGGCGAUGAGAUGGCUGAAGUCUCUACCUCCAGGAUCUAUCACUACUUGGGAGCAAUGCAGAGCUAUGUUCUUGGACAAAUUCUACACCAAGCACAAGACUGCUAGUUUGAGGAGUAAGAUCACAAACUUUCAGCAAAAUACCUCUGAGCCGCCGAGUGAAGCUUGGGCAAGAUUCAAGGAAUAUCAAAGAGAGUGUCCACAUCAUGGGUACUCAGAUGAGCAUAUCCUCAACAUCUUCUAUGAUGGAGCAAACUGGAACGUCAAAAACUCUCUCAACGCAGCCAGCAAUGGAGACUUUAUGACAAGAACCCACGAGGAAGCUUACACAUUGAUAGAAAAUCUUGCCACAAGCUCCAGCAACCAAAAUGAAGAAUAUGAUAGAUCGCGAAAAGGCGGAAACUCAGAAAUCAAGAAGCUGGAAGAGAUGAGCGCAAAGAUCGAUAUGCUUAUGCAAAGGGAUCAAAGGGUUGUCAGUUCCAUCGAGGAAUAUGGAGAAGGAGCGUUUUUCUUCCCCAAUCAAGAACCACAGGAACAGCAGGCUGUAGUCAACUAUAAUCCAACACAGUUUCAAACCGGUGAAAGCUCUGUUCCAGCUGCUAAAGAAUCUAAGCUUGAGUCAAUGCUCCAACAAUUGAAGCUCAACCAGCAAAAGACAGCUUCUGAAAUAAACACAAAGGUUGAUAACAUCAAUGUGAAGGUUGAUACCAUGUUCCAAGACCUGAACAACAAAUGGGAGUCUCUUUCAGCAUAUGUCAAGAAGUUAGAGACUCAAGUCGCCCAAACUGCUGAAGCUGUCCAAAGACCUACUGGAGUUCUUCCUGGAAGAGGUGAACACAACCCAAGGCAUGAGUUUGUGAACGCUAUCACUCUAAGGAGUGGGAAGGAGCUGGUUUCUAAAGAAAAGAGAAGCAUGCCCGCUGACGAAAAAACUGCACAGAUUGAAGAACCCACUGAGGUACAAGCUGAAGAGGUGGAAGCUGCUGAAAACAUACCGCCUAUGGUUCGAGUGUACACCCCUAAGCUGCCUUACCCAGUGAAACAGAGGAAAUCUCGCAGAGACUUGGAGGCAGCUAAGUGCAAAGAGAUGGUGAGCGAGUUGAAUGUGAAGCUCUCGUUUGAAGAUGCUGUUGAAAUGAUGCCUGCUCUGAAGAGAUAUGUCAAGAGCUUGGUGACUAACAAAGCCUCACCUAAGGAGAAUGUUAUGUCUAUCUCCAAAAGAUGUAGCACACUACUUCAGAACAGAGCACCAGAGAAGAUGGAAGAUCCUGGGAGUUUUGUGUUAUCAUGUGAGAUCGAAGGAACUGUAUUUGAGAGAUCUCUCUGCGACUUGGGAUCUAGUGUGAACCUGAUGCCAUACACUGUGGCAAAGAGGCUUGGUCUCACAAACUUUAGGUCAACGAAAAUCCAGCUAGUCUUUGCAGAUCGCUCAGUGAGACAUCCUGUCGGAGUGAUUUUAGACAUCGAUGUGGUGAUCGGAAACCAUAGAAUUCCUGCAGACUUUGUAGUGCUGGAGCUCGAUCAGGAGCCAAAAGUCCCUCUCAUUCUGGGACGUCCAUUUCUGGCCACAGCAGGAGCCAUCACCGAUGUGAAGAAAGGGAAGAUAGAUCUCCAUCUGGGAGACAUAAUCAUGAAAUUCGAGGUGGAUAAAAUGCUGAAAAGACCCACAUUGGAUGGACACACGUUCUCCAUCGAUCAUGCCUCAGAAAAUGAUGAUGAAGAUGAUGAAGUAACUAAAGAGCUGCUGAGAGAUGACCCCCUAUAG